GUAUCGUUUAAAGUGCAAAGAAAGCAAAAGAUACCUUCACAGAGCAUCAUCGACAACCGCUCACUUCGCUCCAAUAUAACUUUAGUUCUCAAAAACACCUCUGUAGUUCCUUUCAGGCAUAUAAACAACAGUAAAUUCGCGUGCCUGUAUUGUGAAAAGGGGUUUCUAUUCUUCAAAGAAUUGAAAUCCCACAUGGAUUCCCACAGGAAUAUAACGGAAGAAGAGAUUAACGUGUCUCUAAAAACUCCUAGAGAUUUAAUAAAGGCUGAUCUAAGCGAAAUAUCCUGUACACUUUGUGGGGAAAACUUCAAAAACAUCGACAGUGUUAUAGAGCAUUUGGUGGAAGUCCACAAAAAGAUUUAUCAUCAGAACUUACGGAUGAAACCUCCUCACGGAAUUUUGGGUUUCGAUCUUAGCUCCGAGCAGUUAAAGUGCAGUGUGUGUCAGAAACAGUUCAGGUUUUUCAAGAACCUAUCUGUCCACAUGAAUGAGCAUAGCACAUGUUUUAUGUGCCACGUGUGCGGCAAAAAAUUCAUAUCGGACCAUAGACUGCAGACGCACAUAAUGAUGCACAAACGGACGAAUAUAUUCUGCAAGCAUUGCAACAAAGACUUUAAGACUGUGGCAGCAAGGAACUACCAUAUACGAAAGGAGCAUAACGAAGCUCCAUACAAAUGUCCGGAGUGUUCUGAAAGUUUUACGCAGUACCAUCACAGGUUGAAGCAUUUGGUUGAGCGGCAUAAGGUGAAGAAGCCGGAGUUUAAAUGCGAUAUUUGUGGACGCGAGUUAGCUAGUUCUGGGGGACUUGCAGCCCAUAAAAGGUAUUCCCACUUGAAGACGGUUCAGUACCCUUGUGAAAUAUGUGGGAAAGUUUUCGCGUACAAAUGGAUAUGGCAGAGGCAUAUGGAUGUCCACACUGGUGCCAAAAACUUUGAGUGUAAGUUCUGUAAUAAGAAAUUCGCUAAGUCGUAUUCACAGCAAAUGCACGAAAGGAUUCAUAUGAACGAUAAAAGGUACGUCUGCGGAAUAUGUAAAGCCGCGUUUAUACAGAAGUGCAGUUUGAAGAACCACACUAAAGUCCAUCAUCCGGAGGCUGAUUUGAGCAAAUUGUGAAUUGGAAUAUGUAUUACUGUGAUGUGAUUUCUAGUCAAAAUUUAAAUGAAAAAUCAAAACAUUGAAUUAGAACUAAGGCCCUUGAGAUCGUUGGUCCAUCA